UCUAUAUUUUACAUGGACUUGAUGAACACGUUUACUUCCGGUGUUCAGAAUCCAUAUGUUUUGUACUCUCAUGACUGUAUUUUGAAAGAAAACUUGGAUUAACAAAGUGAAACUUUACUGAACUAUUAUGAGCGGUACAUUUAUAAUUCUAGGGACAUCUAUUCUGGCUGUACUGUUGGCAGGAUAUUUUGCCCAGAGAUACCUACCUCCACCAAAGCCUAAAAUAGUUGGCAUUGAUUUAGGAACCACAUUUUCCUGUGUGGGAGUCUAUCAUGCAGUAAGUGGAACAGUAGAUAUUCUGGAAGCUCAGGACGGUCAUGAAUGCAUCCCCAGUGUAGUGGCAGUCAGUGAUGAAGGGUUUGUAGUAGGAUAUAAAGCAGUAGCCCAGGCUGAACAUAAUCCUAAGAACACAAUAUAUGAUGCCAAAAGAUUCAUUGGCAAGAAAUACACACCAGAGGAGCUGACACAGGCACAGAAAAGAUAUCCAUUCAAGCUUGAGGCAGAUGAAUAUGGAAUGGUUCGAUACGUAGUGAAUGUAAACAAGACAGAGCUGAAAUUCUCUCCCGAGGAGAUCGGAUCUAUUAUUAUCAAAUUCCUGAAGAAUGUCGCAGAGAGAAACCUGACUGCUCCAGUCACUAAAUGUGUCAUGUCUGUGCCUGCCGAAUUCGACGACACCCAGAGGAAUUACACAAAGAAAGCAGGCAGUAUUGCUGGACUGGAGGUGUGGCGUGUUAUUAAUGAGCCGACAGCUGCUGCUCUUGCUUAUGGUCUCCACACGAAACCAGGGCUUAAAACAGUCCAGGUGGUGGAUCUAGGGGGUGGAACACUGGAUGUAUCUCUACUGCGGGUACAAGGGGGCAUGUUCCUCACCCAGGGAAUGGCAGGUAACAACAGACUUGGUGGUCAAGAUUUUAACCUGAGAUUAUACAACUUUGUGAAAGAAUUGUUAGAAACCAAAUUUAACUUGAAGAUUUCUGACAAAGAGGACUUGCAAGCCAUUCGAUUGGCUGUGGAGCAGGUGAAAAUCAAUCUGACACAUCAGCACAGCAUCACAAUGAACUUUACCUCCACUCUCUGGGAAAACAUUCACACAUACAAGAAUCCAUUACGAGAGACAAGUUUAAGAUUGAAUAAAGACCUAUUUUUAAAAGUUUUAGAACCUAUAAGGACAGUGCUGGAAGCCACUCAUCUAGAAAAAGAAGAUAUAGAUGAGAUUGUCCUAGUGGGAGGGUCUACAAGAAUUCCUAAAAUUCGUAGUUUGAUACGAGGGUUUUUCAAUAAAGAUCUGAACACUCGUGUUGACCCUGAGUUAGCAGUGGCUAUGGGUGUGUCGAUACAGGCAGGAAAUGGAGGAAUGUGGCCCCUGAAGGUCAGCGCUGUGGAACUACCUAACAGAGUGGUCAAGAUCCAGGUCCACUGACGUGUUUAUAGUAGGCCAAGUAAAUUAUUUGUUGAAUAUUUAAAAAAAAAAAAUCUAAAAUUCUUUGAAUAUCUUUUUUAAAGAUGACAAAUACAUCUUACAGUGAAGUUCCAGUCUUAAGAUAUUUUAGAUCUCUGAAUAUUUGUAUCAGUCAGAUAGAAAGAGCUAAAUUAUGCAAGCAUUACGAGUAAAAAAGACUUUUAAUUAAUGAUCAGAAACUGCUGUAGAUGAUUUUAGAGACUUUUUAUCUGAGUGUGUUGGAGUGUGUAGUGACAUAUUAGUGCAAUAGAAAUGUGUGUGUGUGGUGAAGUAUGGAUGGUGGUUACUUAGAACUGAGCCAAAUCAAGAUCUGUAUAAUUCAUAUAAACCUGUAUUACCCGUGAACCACCAAGAGAUAUCCGGUUUCUUUUACAUUAAAUUUAUUGUAAUAUAGAUUACAUACAUUGUAAAGAGUGAAGGUUCUAAAGUUGAUGGAAAUGUCAAUGUGUUUACAAAUUAUACCACAUUGUGAAAUUUGAACUCCACAUCAUGUUUUGUCCACGAGGUGUGAAAUGAUAUUAGAAGUGAAUGGUUUUGAUGUUAGUGGUAAUUGGAUUCUUCAAUAAAUGUGUGACAGGGUAUUGGUCCCCAGAUACACAAUGAUUUUGAUUAGAUACUGGUAUCUAUUUCUACUUGAAA